UUGAUCGAGACAUGUACCGUUGUGCUGUGGUCUUUCUGAUCGUGGUGGCCGCCGGCACUCCGGCCAUGAGCAGCUUUUGGCAGCAGGCCCUCCCGGGCACGCCGAUGCCAGAGGCCAUCGCAGACCUUGUGCAGAAAGGCAUCGAUGAUGCGCCUCGAGUGGUGCGCUACCCUGCAUUCCCCAGCAUCAGUUUGUGCGGUGCUUGGACCGGCAUGUGCACGGCGAGCUUGGCGGCACCGACGGGCAUCUUCUUCUACGAGGCAUAGCUGCGUCCGGGCAGCACCAUGACUAUGUCCUUCCCUGCAGAAGCUGAACCGCCCAUCCUCCCACACGACCUCGCCGAGAAGGUCCCCUUCGCAAACCUAAGCGCCGUCCUCACCACCUUCAACAUCCCAACAGGCUCCGCCGAGGCAUCCCACGUGGCGAAAACACUGAGCCUGUGCCAGUCGCCGCCGCACGUCGGCGAGCUUAGGGUCUGCACCACGUCGCUGGAGAGCGCCGAGCGGAGCGCCAUGAACAUGCUAAUUGGUCGCUCCACCGGUGGUGACCAUGGUAUGUGGAUGGCCACGUCGGUGCUCCCGGCCGGCGGCGGCCUGCCACGUCAGCUGUACGAGGUCCAGGCGGUCACCAAGCUCCAUGGUGACUACUUCGUCGGCUGCCACAAGAUGCCAUUCCCCUACCGCGUCUACCAGUGUCACAUGACGGCCGGGCUCACGGACAAGGGCUACGUGGUCUCGCUCCGGGGACUCGUCGGCGGGGGCCCGACAGCCAAGUUGUUAGCAUUCUGCCACUUUGACACGUCCAAGUGGAACCCGGCUCAUCCGGCGUUCGAGGUGCUACGUACACACCCUGGAACGCCGGUGUGCCACUUCAUGCCCUAAGCCAAUCCGGUGUUUGGCAUUGGCAAGAAGGCGACCAAACCGUACUAGGCAGCUACGACGUACGAACAAUCUAUGCCAUUCCCGUCUAGUACCAUGGCCAAUAAUUAGUAGCGUGCAGGGAGUGCGAGGUUCAUACCAAGGCUCUUUUCCUCUUG